AUGGCCAAAGUGUUUGACAUUUUUAAUAUUAAAAAUCAGAAAUUAGUUGUUACUAAUUCUUCAUCAACGACAACACUAGAAUCUCAAAACGAACAAUUAAAUAUUGGUAUAGAAAUUGAUAUAACUGCACAAAAAAGUAUUGAAAGUAUUGUAGAUGAGAAUAAUGUCAUUUGUGACUUAGGAACUUUAAUAACAGGCCCUGUUCGACCAAUUUUAACAUCAUAUCCACUAACUAAAUUUGGUGCACAAAAUCGCGCAUUCAAUGAUAAGCAUUACAAAACAUAUGAAUGGCUUGAAUAUAGUAUAUCGAAAGAUUCUAUUUUUUGCUUUGCUUGUAGAAAUUUUAACACUGGAAUUAGUGGCAAUUCUGAAGAUAGCUUUCUAGUUGGUUUUAGAAAUUGGAAAAAAUUGGGUGUUAGUAGUGGAACUAAAGGCGGAAAUAAAAGUAAACUUAAUAAAUUGGAUACACAUGCUAAAAGUAAUUUACAUUUAACAUGUAUGGUUAAAUGGUCAGCAUAUCAGAAGACAAAAGAAACAGGGAGUGUUUAUUCUCAAAUAUCUUCACAGCAUACAUUGAUGGUUGAAAAAAAUAGAAAAUAUAUGAAAAUAUUAGUUGAUAUUGUUCUAUUUAUAAGUUGUCAAGGAAUUGGUUUUCGAGGACACGACGAGACAAAAGAUUCUUUAAACCAAGGAAACUUUAAAGAAAUAUGCAAACUUUUAGCAAAAAAUAAUGAGGAAUUUGCAAAAAAAUUUAAUCUGAAAACCAAUUAUUCGAGUCAUAUCAUUCAAGAUGAACUUACAAGUAUAGUUGCAGAUGUUGUGAAAGAAACGAUUGUGAAAGAUAUUGAAGAUGUUGAGGUGUUUGGAAUUAUGUGUGAUGAAGCAAGGUGUUACAAACAAGAACAAAUGGCAUUAUGUGUAAGAUAUGUCAAAAAUCUAGAUGUCGUUGAGAGAUUUCUUGGUUUUAUAGAUUAUUCUAAGAAACAAGAUGCUGAAUCUUUAUAUCAACACAUAUUAUGGUAUCUGAAAAAGUGUAAACUUAGUUCUAAACCACAAAUAGUUGCUCAGUCAUAUGAUGGUGCGAACGUUAUGUCUGGGAAAUUUAACGGACUACAAAGAAACGAGGAAUGUGUUCAACACUUAGAAUCCCUAUACAUACAUUUUUCACACCCGUCAAAAAAUCAACAUUUAAUUGAGAUUCAAACCAAUCUGGGGAUAAAACAUAGGUCAAUGAUUAGACUCAGUGACACUAGAUGGAACUGCCGCUAUCGAAAUAUAGAGUGUGUUAAAGCAAGUUAUAAGGCAAUUAUUCAAGCUUUAGAAGAAGAAAUCGAAAAUGAAGAUGAUAGAGGAGUAAAUGAAGCAAUUGAAAAAACUGCAACCUUAGGGCAAUCCAAAAAUAUUAUUCAAGGUGUGAUGAUGACUUUUAAAAAUUUAAGAACAACAGAAUAUUUUUCUCAGCUUUGGAGUGAAAUAGAAACUUUUGCUAAAGACCAUGACAUAUCAAUACAAACACCAACUAAAGGUGAUGCUUGA